GGGUUAUAAAUCGAAAAGUGUAGCCCAUGAAGUGCAAUACUCAUUCAGCCGAAGAUUACUUUGGAAUGAUGUCAAAUCUGUUGUGCAUAAUAUGAAAACUGGACCAAGAUUACAGAAUAUAUUGCAGCAAGCCAAAUCACAUCGGUGAAAGGCUGCAAACUAAAGAGCGUGGUGAUUAAGGUCCUACCCGGGAGUUUGCCACAGCGGCGGAAGACGUCUCGUGAAGGAAGACAAAGAUUCAGGCCCCCGGAAUAUCUGAACUGAAUAGAACCCAAAUUGUGUAAGACUGCCAUUUUGAUCCUUGGCCAUGAAACGAGGCUACUCGGAAUCGUCCUCCACCUCUGUUGGGCCUCCUCAAUCGAGGUUCAAAGCCAACCCAGAAGAGGAUUCAAAUUUUUUGGAGGAUGAAAGUACAAAGAUAUUUGCACGUAAAGUGGCCGAUCAUUAUAGUGCAAGGACAAAUCAAACUCUGGAAGAACGAGAAGCUAGUCCGAUCAUCCAUUUAAAAAAGCUCAACAACUGGAUUAAGAGUGUCUUAAUUCAACUCUAUGCUCGCCGAGGAGAUGCUGUUCUUGAUCUUGCAUGCGGCAAGGGAGGUGAUCUCAUCAAAUGGGACAAGGCCAAAAUUGGGUACUAUGUUGGCAUUGACAUUGCUGAAGGCUCUAUAGAAGAUUGUCGUACCCGUUACAAUGGUGAUGCUGAUCAUCAUCAACGCCGUAAAAAGUUUACAUUUCCUGCACGCCUUAUCUGUGGAGACUGCUAUGAGGUUCGACUGGAUAAAGCCCUAGCAGAUGAUGCACCCUUUGAUAUUUGUAGUUGCCAGUUUGCCUUGCAUUAUUCCUGGUCCACUGAAGCACGAGCACGGAGAGCCUUGGCUAACGUUUCAGCCUUACUUCGCCCAGGUGGAACUUUCAUUGGAACAAUGCCAGACGCUAAUGUGAUUAUCAAAAAGCUGAGAGAAGCUGAAGGCUUAUUCUUUGGAAAUAGUGUCUACUGGAUACGAUUUGAUGAAGAAUUUUCUGAAAAGAAAUUUAAGUCUUCAAGCCCCUUUGGUAUCAAGUACAAGUUUCAUCUGGAGGAUGCUGUUGAUUGCCCUGAAUGGAUCGUCCCCUUUCAUGUAUUCAAAUCAUUGGUAGAAGAGUAUGAUAUGGAGUUAAUUUUUGUGAAGAACUCUCAUGAAUUUGUGCACGAGUAUAUGAAAAGACCAGAGUACGUAGAGUUAAUGCGGAGGCUUGGUGCAUUAGGUGACGGUAACCAAGAUCAGAGUACACUAUCACAAGAUGAAUGGGAAGUAGCCUAUUUGUACUUGUCAUUUGUCUUGAGGAAGCGGGGCCAACCUGAUCGGACUCAAACAAAUAGUAGAAGAGAUAAAGGGAAGAUGCAUAUAUCAAAAGAGGACGUAUUGAACAUUGAACAUUAGUAUAUCGUACACCGAUCAUGUUUCAAAGUUCCAUUUUCAUAGCACAGAAGAACAAUGCCUUUGCAGCACAAGAAACCCUGCUUGGCCAAAUGGGAGAGGGAAGAGCUGACUGCUAGGCUGUUCUACUACUUGCUCCAAGAAAUUUUGUAGAUUUUGCUCCAAUCCUAGAUAUGUAUUAGACUACACUGAGCUCAUGUCCAGUGGUUUCUCUCCAGUAUUGGUCUAUUGGAUGAGGCUGUACCCAUCUCCACAGACCAAAGAAAAAGAUAUUUGUAAUUUACUCGCUAACUGUCGAGGAAGUUACAGUUAUGGUACGUUGGUAACUGGAAUGAUAUCAGCCUGGUUGUUGAGUGAUUGAUUCAACAAUGAAUAAAAAUAGUUCCGAGUUAUGGGUAUUUGAACA